UCAAACUCGAGCAGAAUCCCGUCUCGCCUGUUCCGGAGUUUCCGCUUGGUCUCCAUGGUAACGCGUCCAGACGCGCGCUCGGGAUUCUUCGGCGGAUCUUUGAUCUUUGAGGAUGUCGCGGGGUUUUGUCGAUCUACCCGAAAUAACGAGCGAGAACUUUGAGCAGAGUCUCUCUUCUGAUCAGAUCUUCAUCGAGUUCUUCAAUGACUUCCUGCAGCUUCCGGUGUUUGUCGUGCCGCUGAGGUAUGAUGGGAUCUCUGCAGGCUUUGAGCUGCUGGAUCACAGCGCUGAGCUCCUGUCCCGUCGGAUCAGAACCGCUCUACAUCAGAUCCGGUCCAGAACUGUUUCUGACCCGAGCUGGACCCCGGCAGAACCCGUCCGAGACAACAGCUACAGCGUCACUCGUCUGGACCGAGAGCAGAGCGUCCGGUGGAUGAAGAGCGACCGCCUGCCCUUCUUCCUGCAGAGCGACUGCUACUUUGAGUUCAGGUUGACUAAACGUCUGCAUCAGCUCAGCACCGGCUCUUCUUCCUCUCAGACGCUGUGCUGUGAUCAGUGCCGUCUUCUGUCUGCGCAGACGGAGAAGAACAGCAGCUUCAUCUCUCCAAACGAGUCCUGCAGCUCCACACACGGUGGAGCAGGUGGAUGUCUUCAGCGGUGCGGAGCCAGACGGAGCUUUCUGGACUUCAGGAGGUCUCUGGUCAGCGGCCCGGGGGAGAAUGUUCUACAUCUGUGGAUGGAUAUCGAACGCCUGAAGACUCUCAGCACAAAGACCAAGAGCAGGUAUCUAGGGUGGAUGAAGGGUCAGUAUGUGGUCAGCAGCAGCUCAGCGGCUCUGAGUGAACAGAUGCUCUCCAGACUGGAGCUAAACAGCACCACCUGCUGGACAGAAGAGAGACUGAGAGACACUCAACCCCGUCUCACAGAGACCCUGCUGCUGUACUGGUGUGGUCAGCGCUUCUGCUUGUUUUCGUCGGGUCAGUGGCCGGUCUGUGAUCAUGUGUGGAGUUCUUCUGUUCAUUCGGAGCUCAGCGUCUUCUUCCAGCCUGUGUGUGUGUCUGCCUCCGUCUGCAGGGAUACUGAAGUUGAGCUGGACAGCAGUGAGAUUCAGACUCUACUGGAGGUUCUACACACUGAAUCCAGAUCUGGGUUCUUUUUCACAAAUUUUUGUCAGAAAUCAGGCCAGCAGUUGUGGGAAAAUGCUGUGUAUUUCUGCUCAGAACUGCUGCAGUACCACCAGCUCUUCUGCCAGAGCAGAUUUGAUCCAUACAGAGUCCAACGCACAGCUCAGCUCCUGUACGCCUCGUACCUGAGCAGCGGCGCUCCGAUGAGUGUGGACUUGAGCGAAGAACACAGAAGAACCGUUCUGCUGCGCCUGAGUCCACCGUUUGAGGAUCUGUUUGACCGGACAGAAGAACACGCUCUGAGAGUCCUGCUGGAGCCCUGGACACUGAUAACAGAGAGAGUCAGAGACACACUACACACUGUGACACAGUGGCAGGAGGUGUGUUUUGCCGAGGCUGAGUUGUUCCAGACGCUGCAGACUCUCUACACACACACACACACACAGAGCAGAAUCCAGCAGGAGCUCAGGACUUCUCCAGCAGAGGGCAGCAGAGCGCCGAAUCUCUGGUCAAAGGUUCCACCUGAGUUCCGUGGGUUCCGUCUGGAUUCUCUGCUCCGGAACCGCAGGGAGCUGCAGCACUUCCAGUCCUUCCUGGAGCAGAACUCGGCCAGACAGGAGCUGCAGUGCUGGCUGGAUGUGGAGCAGCUGAAGAAGAGUGAUGGAGCGCUGCUGAAGGAGAGAAACACCAGCAUCAGAGACAAAUAUCUCAGCAGCAGCUUCCUGUUUGGACCCAGAAGUCCAGCUACUGAAGAACAGCAGAUGAGGUUGCUGCAGAUGUGCGGUGGAUGGCAGGGUCUCCAGCGUGAGUCGGUCUCUCUGAACGUUCUCACUGAGCUUCAGUCUCUGCUUCACAAUCGUCUGGAAACUCGAUGGCUGCCUCUGUUUCUCUCGAGCUCACUCUUCAUCACGCGUCAGCAGCAGAAGGUGACAGAAGUGGAGUGUGAGCCGCCGGUCGUCCAUCAGCACAGAAGGAGAUACGUGUGGAAGCAGGUGUCUGGUGGUCUGAUGAGUUGGUCUCAGGAGUCGGUGGCUCUCCGCAGGGCUCUCCUGAAUCCUGUCACCUGUCUGCUGUUCCAGAAGUUUCUGUCUGUCCGUGAUGAUCUGCUGGAGAAUGAUCUCCUCUUCUGGCUGGAGGUUCAGAGGUACAAGGAUCUGUGUCACUCCCGCUGUGAUGAUGUGACUCUCCAGAGGAAGGUGUCCAUCAUCAUCAGCUGCUUCCUCAGCUCUUCUCUUCCUCCGGGGCUGCAGGUCCAUGUUCCUCCAGACGCGGUGCAGAGGGUCCUGAGUCAGCAGCGAGCGCUCGGCCCAUACGUCUUCAGAGAGACGCAGGCGUGUGUGUUCGACGAGCUGCUCAAGCACUGGCCGGAUUUCAUGGAGCUGCUCUCCUCCGUCGGGGCGAACGAGCUUCAGAGCGUGCUGGAGAGAGAGACACGGAGGAGCAGAGCCACAGAAGAAGACCACAGCGCUCAGGAGCAGGAGGACGAGGCUCACGCCGUGGCUGAUGAAGAGCAGCUGAACUGCUGGACUGACGGCACACGAGCGGCUACAUACAAGAACAGAAGAACUUCUCAGAUGAUCACAGCUCAAGUUUUCUUCAUGGUCACUCUUCUGUCUAUUAUAUGGAUUAUCUCCUGGUCGUACGCCAAACACAUGGCGGAUAUGGAACAUGAGAAAACGCAGAACAGCACAGCUGUGACGUCACCUUCCUCAUCCUCAUCGACUGGUCAGCGAGAACACACACAUAAAAAAGCUGCAGACGCACAAACACAGGACAGACGUGCAUCUGAUCAGAGGAAGAAUAAGAAAGAACUGAAGAGCUGAAAAUCGUGUUUGGGAUGAUGCACUGUACAGAUUUAGCAAAUCUUAUAUUUUAUUAACAAAAAACAGAUUCAUUAUAUAGUGACACUGAAUAAAGGAGGAAAAGAAAUAAAAA